AUGACAGAAUACAUGAUGGAACAAAUCGCUUAUGAAAUAGAUAAAGAUCCUAUACAGGUUCGACUUGCAAAUUUUGAUCGCACAUACACUGACGUGUUGGAUGUAGUCCAAACGCUACUGAGAGAUAGCGAAUACGAUAAGCGAAGACAGGAGGUCGAUGAGUUCAAUAGGCUUAAUAGGUGGAAGAAACGAGGGCUAAGGGUAGCUAUGAUGAACUGGCCAGUAGCCACAGUGCUCGACUAUCAUGUAAUGAUGUCAGUGUAUCAUGGAGAUGGCACGGUCGCUGUCAGACAUGGCGGUAUCGAAGUCGGCCAAGGCAUCAACACUAAAGUUGCGCAAGCCAUCGCUUAUACCCUCAACAUAUCGGUUAACAAAGUCAGGUGUAAGCCAGUAGAAGUCAGUGCAAUCCUAACAACUUUACCACCGGAGGCAGUCGAACUACACAAACAAUCACUUUCGGUGCUAUCAAGUGCUGCCAACUACUGCUAG